AUGGGAUCAUUUGGCCACAAAGACCACAAGUAUCUUGUGUUCUCCAUUCCAUUUGUGUGGGGAAUAGCCGGUAUUCUUCCAGGAGGCGGGGAUGGUGAUGAGAAUAUAGUGGAUAAGGUAUUCCACCAGGUUUAUCUUGAUGUUGUUUCUGUUGCUGCUGGAGGUGGAUGUAGCACAGAUUCUGCUUGGCCGGAAAUGGCAGUAUUUAAAGCUCCGUAUGCGCAACUAGCUUCUAGGCCAAUAGAAACAGGCGUCUAG